AUGACCGAGACUUCUGACCCACAAAAGUUAUUAUCACACCAUCGUGAACCAUCAAGGUUGUACGUACUGGGUGACCUUCCAAAGUGUGCAAAGUGUGCCAGAGUGGUACAAUUUCAUCAAGGUGUUCAAUUCUAG